AUGGGGGAGAACGCCAGCGUCCGACAGGGAUGGCGAGUGGGCCUCAAGCGGGCCGCUUGCUGCGUACUGGAUUUCGACAUGGACAAGAGCAACACGAUUGCGUCGUCCAACUGGAACCGGCAAGAGCUUACAUCUGCUCAGGUAGAAUAUGCUGCAAUGGAUGUUUGGGUGGCACUGCGGCUGUAUCAGCAGCUCGCCCCAGUCUACGGGACGGCUGAUGAGUCGUCCAAGCGGCCAAAGCCAGCCGAAGACUGGGAUUCCUGGGGCUGCCGCUCUGUCACGGCGAUGGCCACUCGCGACAGAUGUGGAGAAGCGGGCCGAAGCGCAUUUGCAUGGAACGGUCUGGCAGCGCUUGCCGCGAUCCACCUGAUCCAGCCUGUCAUAGGAACAGUUGUGCCUGCAGCACCGCGACCGACGGAUUCGCAGCCGUGCGCCUGUCCGGACCCAAUCUAUGGUAACGACAUUUGCUACGAGCCCGUCUGCCCGCCUGGAUACUUCAGGUGUUGCGCGACCUGCUAUGAAGCACCGUGCUAUGGGCUGAAGAAAGACCUGCAGCUGUCGUGGCGCGGCAUCUACGAGUGCAUCCUUUGCGAACCUGGCGACUACUGCGACGGAUGUGACACCUUCGCACAGUGUCCAGACAACACGCAAGCCAAUCGAGAAGGACCUCGCGUCUCCAACGCAGGAUCGACUCGGAUAGCCGACUGCGAGUCCUGCGCCGCAGGGAUGCAGGCGAGCUUUCGCCGUGACAGAUGUGUGGAGUCCUAUUCUGACGUCUGCAACGAGGAAUUUGUUCAGCGAUGUAUCCGAAGCUGCAAGGCCGAGGAGCCCUCGCGCGGCAAAAAACUGACUCCAUGCGAGCAGAUCAAGUGCGAGGUGUACUGCGCAAAGCAGUGGUCGGACGACUGCCUGGCAGUCGUCGGAGGCCAUUGUAGGGACCUCACCACCAUCAAGGAUUCCGGAGUCAUUGGAGCGGAUGGGAUGGAUGCCCAGGCUACAGUCAUCGACUGCGACGUCGACUGCAACGGCGCAUCCCAGCUUGGAAUGGCUUGGAUCAUUCUGACGCUCUUGUGCCUCCACCUCUCCUGA